AUGGCCAGCAAGAACUUGAACUCCAACACCAUCUCCAAUAUCACCGAGAAGGAGAAGGAGCUGACUGGCGAGGCUCGACCUGUCAAAGGUGGUCCCACUGCCCAGGCUCAGAAGCAUGCCGGCGAGCAGAUCUCACCAGAGAUUGUCUCCGACAUCACCCAGGGCGAGAAGCGCGUCACCGGCGAGGAUGCCCCAGUCCAGGGUGGUCCGGCUGCCUAUGUUCAGAGCAUGAACAACUCCGCAAACAACGGCCAGAACCCCAGCGGCAAGCUUGACUCGUCCACCAUCUCCAACAUCACUGCAGCCGAGAAGGAGCUUACCGGUGAGGACCGACCCGUCAAGGGCGGUCCCACGGCUCAAGCUCAGAAGCACGCCGGUGAGCCCAUCAACAGCGAUAACCUUCACGACAUCACCGAGGGCGAGAAGAAGGUGACGGGUGGCGAACGCGUCAAGGGCGGUCCCACCGCUCAGGCUCAGAGCGAGUUGGGCAAGAGUCGUUCUUGA